UGUAAAUAAAGUCAGUGACAUGUUUUGCUGUAGAAUUUUGGAGAUGUAGGAAUAUUGUAUAUCAUAUUGACUUGAAGAAAACUGCGGAAUGUUUGUUUUCAAUUUUGUUGAUGUUAAAAAUAUCUCCAUUGUAUCGCAAGCUGACGUCAGUCGUAAAUGUGACCCGAUUUCUGAUAGAUAGAAGUAUUACAUAAUUCACCUUUAAUGUUUAUUUUAAUUUUUAUUUUGCACAUAUUACACACUACGUGUAUUGAAUUCAUUAACGACCCGGAAGUGAUUGUGAAUCCACGUGGGUGAGCAGUAUAGAUAUCUAUGGAUAUGAUCACACUACUUCCAAAACUUCUCCACCAGAUAAAGACUCCUUCUCAAUUCAUCAGGACCACAUGUUUACAGAGGUCUUUACCUAUUUUAACUCUCUUCACAAAGGAUCCGUGUCCCUUGUGUGAUGAAGCGAAAGAAAUGCUUGAACCAUAUAAACAUAGGUUUAUAUUGCAGGAGGUUGACAUUACUGUUCCUGAGAACAGCGUGUGGUACGACAGAUACAAGUACGACAUCCCAGUUUUUCAUCUGAAUGGACAGUUUUUGAUGAUGCAUCGUGUGAACAUAGCAGUACUGGAAAAGCGGCUGGCCAAAUCAGAGAAAGAACUAGUUUAAUUAUUCUCAAAUUUGUAAAAUUCUCUGUAAUAAAUAUAUAUGGAAAAUAAAAUAUUGAGUUGUGGAUGCUGGUGAAGGAUGAGGAUUAUUAAUUCUUUAAUAAAAAAAAGUAGUA